UAGAAAUUCGCGUUUAUUAGUGGUGAGUCCCCACCAAUUUGGCAGAGCCCCUUUUUGCGUGUCCAAAACAGAGCGCUAUCAUAAUUAGCUAGAGAAGAGAGUGAGCGAGCGAUAGAGAUAGCGAGAGAGAGGGCGGGAGGGAGAGAUAAUGCCGUCAGGCCCUAAGAAGCGGCAAGCAGCGCGGCGGCGAAAGCAGCGCGAGCAGCGCGCUGAGGAAGAGCGGCAGCACCACAAUGGCAAUGGAUCAGAGACGGGUAGCGAGUCCCUCCUGGACGAUGACGAUCUGAGCAGCAGCGCGGCCACGACGCCGACGCCGAGAUCCCAGCACCACCACCAGCAUCACGAGCCCCCAAAUCUGGAUCUGGAGCACCAUCUUCACCAACAUGGGGACGAUGAGGAGCGGCGCAAGCAGCAGGACCGCAAGCACAGCAACGUGGAGGAAUGGGUGAGGCAGUCCGUCGAGUUUGAUGUUGGCACCCCACCGCCGCAAACUCCCACCAAGUUCCACGCUCACGAAGAACCAGAGGACGACCACCAUCAUCUCGCAGACCAAGAACGCCAUACGGAAAAAGUCGAUGAGCUCGAGCCUCCUCCUGCCGCUGCUAAAGAUCACAACACCGUCGCUGCUACUCCCACUGAAGAUCACAACAUUCCCACUGAAGACCGCGAUACUCGCAUUGAAGAUCACGACCCUGCUGCUGCUGCUACUGCCGCUAGCUUUGAAGAUCAAAAGUCCACUGCUGCUGUCGAAGAUCACAAGCCCGUGGCGGCUACCAUCGACACAUCCAAGCCCAUCACUGCUGCUGCUACUACCAGCGAUGGCGACCAAAAGCUACAGGCCGGUCACGAGUCCACACCCCAAAAGUUGCCUGAGAGAGCUUCCGGAUGCUGCGGAGUGCUCGAUUGGUUGCUCGGCAGAGGUUCUUGAAGUUCUGACUCAAUUCACGAGAAGAGCUCUGUUUAUACACGAUUAUGAUGAUGUUGAUGAUGAGAAGCCAGAAAAAAAGAAAGAAAACGUAUCUUGUUUCUUUUCUU